ACGUGUUCCGCUACUGGAGCAGCACGUGUGAUGCGAACACGUUUAUUAUCGCAACAGGUUUUGUGCUGUAGAGAUCGCUUUAGAUCUGUCGCGUCAAAAGUCAAGUUUCCAAGAAUCUCAUCUUCAGUUCGUCUGGUAAGUUGAGCUUUGUUGUGAAGUACGCGGUGACUUGAGACAACACAACAGGAUAGAAAACAAAGCCUGCUUGUUCUUUAUUCAACGAUAAUCUUUGGGACUGUAGCCACUUUAGCUUGUAUCCAGGGCAGUAUGAAGUAUAUUCUGGUGACCGGUGGCGUGAUCUCGGGCAUCGGGAAAGGCAUUAUAGCCAGCAGCGUGGGAACCAUCCUCAAGUCCUGCGGCCUGCACGUCACAGCCAUCAAGAUCGACCCGUACAUCAACAUCGACGCAGGGACCUUCUCGCCGUAUGAGCACGGUGAGGUGUUUGUUCUGGAUGAUGGGGGAGAGGUGGAUUUGGAUCUGGGCAACUAUGAGCGUUUUCUGGACAUCCGGCUCACUAAAGACAACAACCUGACCACCGGAAAGAUCUACCAGUCUGUCAUCAACAAAGAGCGCAGGGGAGAUUACCUGGGCAAAACCGUACAGGUGGUGCCACACAUAACGGAUGCCAUUCAGGAGUGGGUGAUGCGUCAAGCUAAAGUUCCUGUGGAUGAUGACCAUGUUGAGCCCCAGGUCUGCGUCAUUGAGUUGGGCGGUACGGUCGGAGAUAUAGAGAGCAUGCCCUUCAUCGAGGCCUUCAGACAGUUCCAGUUUAAAGUGAAGAGAGAGAAUUUCUGCAAUAUUCACGUCAGUAUGGUACCACAGCCCAGCGCUACAGGAGAGCAGAAGACCAAACCCACGCAGAACAGUGUGAGGGAGCUCAGAGGCCUGGGACUGUCACCUGACCUGAUAAUGUGUCGCUGCUCCACUCCACUUGAUAACUCAGUGAAAGAGAAGAUAUCCAUGUUCUGUCACGUGGAGCCUGAACAGGUGAUCUGCGUACACGAUGUGUCGUCCAUCUACAGAGUGCCACUGCUCUUAGAAGACCAGGGCGUUGUGGGAUACUUCUGUCGCAGACUGAACCUGCCCAUUGAAACCAGACCCAGGAAAAUGCUGGCGAAGUGGAAGGAGAUGUCAGACAGGUCGGACAGGCUGUUGGAGCAAUGCUGCAUUGCUCUGGUGGGGAAAUACACCAAGUUUUCAGACUCGUAUGCCUCCGUGAUCAAAGCCCUGGAGCACUCCGCUCUCGCCAUCAGCCACAGACUAGAGGUUAAGUACAUAGACUCUGCAGAUUUGGAGGCCUGUACGUUACAGGACGAGCCAGUGAAGUACCACGAGGCCUGGCAGAAGCUCUGCAGUGCUGAUGGUAUUUUAGUGCCUGGAGGUUUUGGAGUACGAGGGACGGAGGGCAAGAUUCAAGCCAUCAGCUGGGCCAGGAAACAGAAGAAGCCGUUCCUCGGUGUGUGUUUGGGGAUGCAGCUGGCUGUGUGUGAGUUUGCUAGGAACAUGUUGGAUUGGAAAGAUGCCAACUCCACAGAGUUCGACCCGGACACUAAACAUCCUGUGGUGAUCGACAUGCCUGAGCACAAUCCAGGGCAGAUGGGAGGAACCAUGCGGCUGGGGCAACGGAGAACCAUUUUCAAAACCAAAAACAGUAUUCUCAGAAAACUUUAUGGAGAUGUAGAUCAUAUUGAGGAAAGACACAGACAUCGCUUUGAGGUGAACCCAGAGCUGAAGCAGCAUUUUGAGGAGAAGGGCUUUCGUUUCGUGGGUCAGGACGUGGAGGGCGAGAGGAUGGAGGUCAUCGAGCUGGACGAUCACCCGUAUUUUGCUGGUGUCCAGUAUCACCCAGAGUUCACCUCCAGACCCAUUAAGCCGUCUCCGCCGUACCUGGGCCUGCUGCUGGCCGCGGCCGGGAGACUCCCAGGACAUCUUCAGGAGGGCUGUCGGCUCUCACCGCGAGAAACGUACAGCGACCGGAGCGACAGCAGUUCUCCAGACUGUGAGGUCGCAGACUUCAAGCUACGCUCACUCGCUCAGGAAUGAACCUCUUCAUGGGCCUGCUUUCUGAAAAGGAUGUGCUGCUGAAAUGGUUUAAAUCGUCUGGUUUCAAGGGAACAGGAUUUGAUGUGAAGACUGGCGUCUCCAUUUGUAUUGAACUCAUUUUCUGUCAUUUCCACGAGUGUGUGUACAAUGUAUAAACUUGCUCUGGACAACGAGCUGUCAUCUGUUCACUUAAAGGGGUCCUAUUAUGCUCUUUCACAAGGUCUUGAUUUUGUU